AUGUGUGCUCCUAAUGUGUGCUAUCCAGGAUCCUCAGUACAGAAAAAUGACAUGCUGCCUCUCUCAGAUUCUUUACCAGAGGAUGUCGAAAAGGCUGACCAACUGAAGGAUGAAGGUAAUAAUCAUAUGAAAGAAGAAAAUUACGGUGCUGCAGUGGAUUGUUAUACUAGGGCUAUAGAACUGGAUCCAAACAAUGCAGUCUAUUACUGCAACAGGGCUGCUGCUCAAAGUAAGCUCAACAACUAUCGUGAAGCAAUAAAGGACUGUGAGAGAGCCAUAGCAAUAGAUCCAAAGUACAGCAAAGCAUAUGGGAGAAUGGGGUUGGCUCUGACCUCAGUGAAUAAAUACGAAGAAGCAGUUACCAGUUAUCAAAAAGCACUGGAUCUUGAUCCAGAGAAUGACUCUUAUAAGUCAAAUUUGAAAAUAGCAGAACAGAAACUAAGAGACAUGUCCAGUCCUACUGGAACUGGGCUGAGUUUUGACAUGGCAAGCUUGAUAAACAACCCUGCCUUCAUUAGUAUG